ACGGUCUCUCUCUCACCUCUGCCCUGCUCUGUUUCUAUGUGAAGCUGAAGCUCUGGUCUGGUCUGGUCUGGUCUGUUCUAUUCAAGCAAGAAGAAGAAUAAAUCCUCGAACCCCAUCUCUCCAUCAUCAAGCAUGGGGCCGGAGGCGACGGAGUCGGACUUUGUCAGCGGAGCUCUGGUUCGACGAAUUGAGCUACCGCUGAAAGCGAAGGAACAAACUUCCCCUUUGGAUCAAGAAUUUGAUGGUGACAAUCGCCCCGCCAACACCAAGCCAACAGUUGUCAUCAAGAUAGAAGAAGAAGAAGACGAAGGCGAAGGCGAAGGCGAAGGCGAAGGCGAUGACCAUGGAGAGGAUCCCGGCUUUAACGAUUUUACAGUCACGAGCAUGGCUGACUGCAGCAGUGGCGGCAGCAGUGGCAGGGCUGCCUCGUCGUCAUCUUCGGCAGCGGAGGCUUUGCCGAGGCCGAUGGAGGGGCUGCACGAGGUGGGGCUGCCGCCCUUCCUGAAGAAGACAUACGAGAUGGUGGAGGACCCGGCGAGCGACGCGGUUGUAUCGUGGAGUAGGAACGGGAAGAGCUUCGUCGUGUGGGACCAGCACGAGUUCUCCAAGGACCUUCUGCCUAAGUACUUCAAGCACAACAACUUCUCUAGCUUCAUUAGACAGCUCAACACCUACGGCUUUAGGAAGAUUGAUUCGGACAGGUGGGACUUUGCGCACGAGUUCUUCCAAAGAGGGAAGAAGCCGCUGCUCAAUAACAUAAGAAGGAGGGCUCGGGCGAGCCAGAGUCAUCCUCGACGAGCGGGAAUGUCGUUGACCAUAUCGGAAAACAAGAGGACGGUGGAUGUGGAAGCACAAGCCGAGAUUAUGAAGAAAGACGGCGAUGAGCUGAGGCUCGAAAUUUUCAAACUCAGACAGGAGCAAGAAAUCUCUCAGAAUGAGAUCAGUGCAAUUGAAGAGAGGAUACGGCGAGCAGAAAACCGGCACCAGCACAUGUUCCUCUUCCUCGCAAAGGCGGUCAGGAACCCGAAUUUCGUUCAGCAGCUGAUCCAGAAAAAGAGAAGUUCAGACCCAGAGAUGAGACAGCUCAAAAUGGCCGGUGGGCACAGCAAGAAAAGGCCAAGGCUGCAGAUGCCUAUCGAUCCCGAGGCGGCCGAGUUCUUGAUAGAGGUGAUGAAGCCCAACCUCAGUGAUGAUAAUCAGGAAAGCGGUGGAUUUCCAGCUUCAGGUGAUGGAGAAGUAACUGGGUGUGAGUUGGGUCAGGAACCUAGGAAUGGUGAGAUUACGCCAUCGGAGCCAGAUUGUGUCUUCUCAGACAUGUCCGAGGUCUACCAAGUCGUGUCCGAUAAUUUGCUUGGCGAUAUUGGGAAUGUGGAGAAUGAGGAGAUUGCCGAGGCAUUGAAGGACUCAAAUCUAUACCUGGAAUUCGAGGGUCUUAUCAGGAAGUCGCGAGAUUGGGAAGGAUACGAAGCCGAAUUCCUAGAGCCGGCUGCUGUAGGAGCAAUGCCUUGAUUGAUCAGAUAACUUUAAAUUUCAAUGGGUUAAUUUCCUGUAAAAUAUCGGAUAUGCCCUGUGAAAUCUUAUCUAAACAUUAUAGACGACGACGUGUUAAUACAUAUGUUGGUUAACCUUUUUUCCCACUUCAUUAAA